ACCUCGACUGCUUCGCAUUCAAUUGACACCAUCACAUCUGUCACCAUGCUCUCACAAACGUUUCGAGCUUCGCGUUCCUCGAUCGCCCGUGUCGCGAGACAACAAGCUUCCGGCAUGGUGAUCAAGCGCACUUUCAUCACUCCUACAGCUGUUCGACAAGCGGAUCUCGUCCAAGACCUCUACAUGAAGGAGCUGAAAGCCUAUAAAGUCCCACCAGUGAAAGCUGGUGACGCCGAUGCCCACGUCCAGAAGUUCUCACCACCACAGGCACCCAAAUCCCCCGAGGAAGCAGACAUCGCGAACGAGUUGAAGGCAUACGAGGCACAAACAGUCGAAAUCGAGGGACAGGCUGAGGGUGGUGCUGUUGAGCAGGAAGUCGACUGGUUUGAAGAGGAGUCGACAAGCGGUUGGAGGGUGACGGGCGAGAUGAAGAUUCUGCGUGUAUAGCAUAACUAGAGAAUCAAACUUUGUACAGUUUGUGGUUAUGCUGUGUGGCCCGUCUGCUUUUUUCAAUGGCCGUUGAAAAUCUCAAUGCGUUAUGGAUGGCUAACAAAGCCGUGGACUCUUUACGACUCGAGUUGGGUCUUGGCAAUUCCUUCGCAUUCUGAUCCUCUGAGAGCUACCAAAUCUUCGACACCGGUGUUUCCAUACAAAGUAAAUUUUGGCAACAGGAAGAGUUUUUGUGCAAAGCCGAAGACGUCCAAAUAAGCAGGAUGGAUCUCCUGUCUCUUCUUUUCACAUUUUACA